GAUACUAUAGUGAUCAUGACAGUGAAAAUAGUUUGAAUAAAACUGAAAUAGAGCUUGGCGUAAUGAGUAUCACACAACUCCUAGUGCGCCUACGCGAACACGCCCUCUGGAGUUAAAGAGCUUAAAGAGCUACAUCUGCAGCUAUAAACGCAGCACGGGGUUGGAAUUAAACUCCAGGUCAGACGUCGGAAAUAAACUGCGCUGCAACGUUUGAGGAAAAUGGCGAAAUCGUUGAGGAAUUUAAAGAGACUGCUGCUGUUGGCACUGACCUUUCAGUUUUCAGUGUCUGAAGCAGAACCCCGGUGUCCAGAGCCCAGGUUCCAGUCCCAGAGGCUAGUGAUUCCUGGGGGUCCGUGGCCGCCUAGUCCUGGUCAGCCUCUGACCGUCAGCUGUCCCGUGGGCUGGCGUCUGAACGGCACCGACGGAACCAUCACCUGCACCGCGGCCGGCCAGUGGAGCCCGUACUGGCCCAAGUGUCUGAUGGUGAAGUGUCCUGUCCUGACCGUCCAGAACGGAAUGCUAUCCACUCAGCGUACACGUUUCGGGGGGAAUGUCACCGUCACCUGCUCCCCCAGAUACGUGUCCGGCGGCUCUGGACUCGCGGCCAAAGCCAUCACACUGACCUGCCAGAACAACGGCUCCUGGAACCAGCCCACCCCAUCCUGUGUUCCAGGCUGUGGUCGUCCUCCUGUCUAUGGGAAGCUGCAGCUGCGUGAGCCGUUUGUGCUGCAGGAGGCGUAUCGGCUGGACGCGUCCGUCUCGUACGGCUGUGCUGUCGGCUACACCCGCGCUGGGGGCUCGUCCAUCUCACGCUGCAAACCCACAGGGUGGACACGCGUCAUACUCCGCUGUGAACCCAAGUCAUGUGGUUCAGCUGGAGAGAUUCUCAAUGGACGAUACGUCUACAAUGAGGGGGUGGAGUUUGGCAACUCCGUCUCUGCUGUCUGCAAUGAGGGCUACCAUCUGAUUGGACAAAACACCCGAUUCUGCACCAGCACUGGUUGGGACGGCCGAGAGGCCGUGUGUGAGCCUGUCCAGUGCCCUCCUCCCCCACAGGUUGUGGGUGCUGAGCUGUCCGGCUCUGUGGACGAGCCUCACCUGUACAGUCACAUGGUCAUCUACCGCUGCCCCAGCGGCUACCUGGUGGGAGAGAGGGAGAUGCACUGCACCAAGGACGGCACCUGGAGCGCCCCCCCGCCACAAUGCUUAGACUUGAGGUGUCGGCAGCCCGUGAUGCGCUUCGGUUCGCGUACGUGGAACUACAAGCUGAACUACAAGCCUGGCGAGAAGGUGGGCGUGGCCUGUGGCCAGGGCACAAGGCUGGAGGGGGCCUCAACGCUCACCUGUGGAAUCGACGGACAGUGGGACCCACCUGUACCCACAUGUGUUUGGAUAUCCUAGUGAAAGGAUCCAGUGUGGAGGUGUGGAGAGAGGAGACAUCAGCUGCCUCCGGCUCACAUCCGGCCUUGGUGUGGCCCACAUCCGGCACAGGCCCGCUCAUCUCCUAAGAUCUCAGAGGGCUCCCUCUGCUAUGACUUGCACUGUCCCAAGUACUCGCCUUCUGCUGAACUAUUGAUGUGAUGUGUGUUUACAUGCUACAGCUAUACAUGGAUUUCUAUGGAACGUCACGAAAACAUGCGUGCGCAACCAAGAGGCAGAAAACACCAUAGAACCACAAAGAUCAAUGCAAAAGAGCAAAAGAAUAAAAUGAGUUUUUGUGCUGAAAACUGCACCAAAUCAAAAUCACGAUGGUUAGAGAAUGUUAAAUAUGUUCAAUAUCCUUAACGGAAUGCAUGUCUUCGCCAAAA